CAGAGUUUGGCCCCAGGAGCUGAAUGGGCACAUAGGUGUGGGUUUGUGGGUCCCAGAUUUUGAUCUCGGUAAUGCGCCGUGUAAAUCAGAGUGACGCCAUUAACUGAUUGACGUGAGAGAGACUGCUGCCCCGGCUAGGGUUCUUACAGCCAGUGGGUGGUGGUCCCUUGCGGCAUCAACAGUGAGCAUUGUCUUCCUGUCGUCUGGCUUCGUUGUUAUCUGCUUGCACUGAGGCUGAGUUAUGGUUGACCUGGGAACCAUAUGACACUUUUCUGAGUUGUAUAUAUUUAAAUUCUCACCCAUAACAUUGCAUUCAAGUAUUAUUUUGCAUUGAAAUGUUUUACUAUUUUAAGAUAAAUUAAUAUAUCACCAAUGCAUCUGAGAUUUUAAAGUGUGGCGUUCCCGAUAUUUUCGUGUUGGUAUAUUUUACAUGUUUGGGCUAGGGUUGCCAAUUUUGGUUGGAUGUAUUCCUGGACGUCUCAUCACAUGACAUAAUCUUUAAUUAAAGAUUAAUCUUUUAGUCUUGGAGACUCCAGGCCAAUCCUGGAAGAUGGGCAACACUAGUUUUGGGCCCAAAUCCUGCAGUGAGCUUUGUGGGGGAAUACUUUUGCAUCUGUGUGAAUCCCCAGUGAAGUCAGUGGUGCAGAGUUCUGCUCAUGAAGAACUCCUUGUGGGAUCAGGGCCUUGAAUGUGUGUAGAUGCAUUUACUGAAAUGGUCACAGAUGCAUUUUUCUGAACAUCCUUGAAAUCAUUUGGGUAAAUAUGACCGCAUGUAUCUCACUGUGCAGAUGCGCCUAUGCUACUGUGUGCAGUUGCAUAACUGCUCCUGGUGUGCUAGCACAUCAGCAAUACUGCCUGUAUUUAAUAUCCCCUCAAGGGCUUCUAUGAACCUGGCCCUGAGGUAUUCCUUGAUGGCCUCCAUGAUCUGAUGACCUGAUUCUCUUCUUACACCUGUGAAAAUCAAGAGUCACUCCACUGAUACACAACUGAUUUAAACGUCCAAUCCAGUGACCUGUGAGGAAGAUUACGAUUCAGUAUCCAGCAUGGAAACUGAGGAGGAAAGCUUAACAAUUCCCAUCAGUAAAGAUGUUUAUGAAAUCCUUACAAGACGAGAGAGCUGUCUACGUGACCUCAUUGAGAAGAAGUUUGGUUGUAUAUCUCUUCUUAAGAGUAUAAGAUGUCCUCUUGAAGUAUACAGGAAAAGCCUGAAGGAAGGAAUUGAGAUAUCUGUUUGGAUGGAUGAUCUGACAAGACAUAACGCUGAUGCUUUGGUCAAUGCAGCCAAUGAACAUCUGCAGCAUAUUGGAGGCCUUGCUCUUGCCCUGGUGAAAGCUGGUGGGCCAGAAAUUAAACAAGAGAGUAAACGUUAUAUUGAGCGCCAUGGAACACUCACUACUGGUCAAAUAGCGGUAACAGGCGGAGGCAGGCUUUCUUGUAAGAAAAUUAUCCACACAGUAGGUCCAAGAUGGUCUGUAUAUCAAAGUCAGAGAUGUUGUCAAAUACUUGAAGCAGCUAUUAUAAAUGUCCUGCAUUAUGUUAAUGCUCCAGAGAAUAAUAUAAAGUCUGUGGCUAUCCCUGCAGUGAGCUCAGGAAUUUUUGGCUUCCCACUAGAUUUAUGUGCUCACGUGAUUGUAAAGACUAUAAAGAAUUUUGUGGAGCUAGCUCCAUUAUUUGGCUGGGUCAAAGAAAUCCACUUGGUGAACCUUGCUGAGCCCACAGUUGCAGCAAUGAAAAUGGCCUGUGAAAAGCUGCUGGGCAGGAGUGACAUCAACGCACUUCAGGAGACUCCACCAGCUUCAGCAAAUCAGCUUCCAGAUUCGAUCACAAUCAAUGGUCUCCACCUACAUAUCAUAAGAGGACAAAUUGAAGAUCAGAAAACUGCAAUUAUUGUUAAUUCUGUGGUCAUAAAUGAUGAUCUGUCAAGAGGAAACAUUUCAAGAGCAAUUCUGCAAAAAGCAGGCUCAUCUCUUCAGCAAGAAUUUCUGUUUGAGUUACAAAAACUUCCUCCAUCUUGUGAGAAAUUCAUAUUGACAAAAGGAUACAAUCUGGCCUGCAAGUCUGUGCUCCACGUAGUAUGGUCAUCACAAAACAGCAGUGAUUCACGCAAGGUACUAAAAACUGCAAUGUCAAGAUGUUUGCUUAAGAUUCAGGAGUAUCCAUUUCCUUCAAUUUCCUUCCCAGUAAUUGGAUCUGGAGUAUUACGUUUGCCAAAGGAUGAAGUGGCAAAUAUUAUGAUUGACGAAGUUUUAAGCUUUGCAAAGGAACAUCCUGGAAGGAAGUUAGAUGUGUAUUUUGUGAUCCAUCCAAAUAACAGUUUUGUCUACAAGGCUUUCCAAACCAAGUUUGAUUCAGCUAAAAGCAAACUGGGAGAAGAUGUGAAAUGCAACAAAAGUGACGAUUUGGGGUCACACUCUGACAGACAAACGGAGACAGAGAAUAAAAAAACUGGACCGGCCAUUGAACUUAUUGGAAACCGCUGUGAAGCACUGGAAGCAGCAAAAAUAUGGAUCAAAAACAUAAUGCAAGUCCAGGAAAGUCACCUUAUCGUUAUAGAAAACAAUCACAUUUUUAACCUUAGCAAAAAAGAUCAUGCAGAACUGUCUCGUCUGCAGCGUUUCGGUGUAUCCAUAUCGGAAGAAGUGGUUGGUGGAAAGGCAAGAUUAGAGAUUCAAGGUCCUCCUGGUGCUGUAAUUGAUGCGGUGUUCAUGAUUGAAAAUUUACUGUGUGAUGUGCAAGAGAAUAAUAGAGCCAAACAAGAGGAACUGCUGCUGUCAAAGGGCCAACUGGAAACUGAUUAUCCUCCAGAAAGACUCCGAGACAAGACAAGAGGUACCAAAAUGCGUUACCAGAUCUCUCCAGUAGAAUCAUACUGCCAGGAAUUCAAGGACCGAGAAAAAAUAUUUGAAAAAGCUGGGCUUCGUGUUCUCAAGAUAGAAAAAAUACAUAAUCCUGUUUUAUCAGCUGCCUUCCAACGGAUUAAAAAAUGUGUAGAAGGAAAAACUGUUGGCAAGCAGAUAUGCCAUAGAUUGUACCAGCGUGUUCCCGCUCAGUUCUGUAGCUUGGUAUGCAGAGCUGGAUUUCAGAGAACAUACUCCCCUCCACGAGAACAAAAAUAUGGAGCUGGCAUCUACUUUAUCAGGAACCCCAGAAAUCUAGUGGAGGAUACCAAGGAAAAGUGUGAAUUGGACCAUCUAAUUUGUGUGUUUGAGGCUGAGGUAGUAACAGGCUUAUACACUGAGGGCAAACAGUCUUAUAUUGUGCCACCAGCAGUUGAUGCAGAUGGCAUGAAUGUAUAUGACAGUGUAGUAGAUGAUGUUCACAGCCCUGAAACCUUUGUCAUUUUUAACAGUAAUCAGGCCGUUCCUCACUAUAUAUUGACAUGUUCCCAGAUUUGGGCUGAGGGGUCAGGGCCUUACUGGGCAACCAGGGGCCCAGUAGAUGAGAGCUCAUCAGAACCAUGGGACUUAGGCAUUCCCCAGGACCGUGGGCACAGAGCCUCCCCCAUAACAAAGAGUACAGAGAGCUUCCUGCUAGAACCCAAAUAGUAGCAUAUCUGACUCUAGUACAGUAGUGUGGUGAUGGUGCCUCACCUAACCAUCUUGACACAUCCAUGUUGGUAUAUACAAGAGCUUAACCAGUAUGAUAACCUAAGAAAGUUAAAACUAUAUAUAAUUUUAUAUUGGAAGAGGUAUUAGAUACAGAAUUCAGUUCACCAUUCCUGUGGUGGUUACAAUACACAGCUUCAAAAAUAUGCAGAAAUUUUAUUUUUCUAUAAAUAGCCACAGUAUGCACACUAUGCAUUUUAUUUUACUAAGGCACCAGAGAUGAGUAAAUAUAUAUUUAGUCACAGAAAUGUCUGUUUUAUAAAAACCUGAAACUAUUUUAUAAACUUAAAAAUCACACAUUAGCAAAAACCAUCUAGUCCAAAGUAAUCCAUUGAGAUUAAAACAUGUAUUUAGACUGUUCAUUUAGUUGAUUUUUAAUUCUGCUUUCACUUAUUUAGCUAACCAUCUACCAUGUGUUUCAACAACAGCUGUGUCAUUAUCUUUGGAAGUGUUAUUUUAUAAAUAAGUUUUCAUGCUUAUAAAAAAUAAAUGUAUUUGCGGUGUUAGUAGCGAUAAUUGUGUUGCUAUAAUCAUUUUUAUUAGCUGUACAAGGUGCCAACCGCUACAGGAAACAUGUUUGAGAAAUAAAAAAAUUGCAUGACCAAAAAUAAACCAAA